UCAUUAGUAACAGCUCUGCUUCACCGCCAGUAAGGGUAAACGCAUAAGUAACAGCUCUACUAGCUACCUGUGGCAACCGGCGAAGGCAAACGCCGCCGAAGUGUGCUUCCAUAAAAAAGUCGGCAAUGGCUUCUUCUUCUUCUUCCCAGUACCAAAUUAAAAUCAUGGCGGAGUAUGCCAAGUCGGAUCGGUCGUCUUGCAAGAAGUGCGCGAAACAGAUCGCCAAGAAGUCUCUCAGAGUGGGAAUGGUGAGCCGAGACGCGCGAGGCUUCGACAUCACCAAAUGGCACCAUUUGGAAUGUUUCCCACUUGGCUCAGCCCAACCCUCACCCUCACCCUCUCUUUCGCUCCACUCCAUUAAGGGCUUCGAUUCACUGCAGACUAGUGAUCAGGAAGCACUCAAGAAACUGUUGGUUCGCAAAAGAGACGAGGAUGAAGUGGUAGAAUUGGGGAAUUCGAAAAAAGCCAAGUUAUCAACAUCUCAUGGGGAACCCAACCUAGAAAUAGCCUUCUCACUUUCUGACAUCAAGGACAAGUACAAAGAUGCUACACUUCCACCUAAAUGGAAUGCGUUCAAGACAAUAAUAUUUCUUGAACAGGAUGAUGGUCUUCUCAAUUCAAAUAAAAUUGCAGCAUUUGAUUUUGAUGGAUGCCUGGUAAAAACAUCUGUAAAGAGAGUAGGUGCAGAUGCAUGGUCCCUUAUGUAUCCUUCAGUUCCUGAUAAACUACAGAGUUUGUACAAUGAUGGCUUCAAGCUGGUAAUCUUCACCAAUGAAUCAAAUAUUGAGCGCUGGAAGAAAAAGAGACAGGUAGCGGUGGACUCAAAAAUAGGACGCCUCAACAAUUUUAUCAAGCGAGUAAAUGUCCCGAUUCAGGUUUUUAUAGCUUGUGGGUUAGGUGAAUCUUCCAUCCAGGCGGCAGACCCCUUUCGUAAACCCAAACCAGGGAUGUGGCAUGUUAUGGAGAAGCACUUCAACUCUGGCAUUUCCAUUGAUAUGGAUCAAUCCUUUUACGUUGGUGAUGCAGCUGGGAGAGAGAAUGAUCACAGUGAUGCUGAUAUUAAAUUUGCGGAGGCCAUUGGUUUGAAAUUUUUUGUCCCCGAGGAAUACUUUGGUGCCUGAGGGGAAUUUAGUGGUCAUUGGCUUCUCAAGGAUUGACAUCAGUGUCACUUUGGCAGUUAAUAUUGCACUGACUAGCUAGUCAUCGUUUACUGAAAAUUAUCCUAAUUACUAAUUAGUCAUGUUUGCAUUGGGAUCUCUGUGGAAACUUUUGUAUAAAGCUGAAAGCUCAAGUAGAACAGAAUUUUCCCUUGAUUGGGUUUUCUUUUGUAUAAAGCUUAAGUAGAAUAGUAUUUUGACUAAAUUUCCUUAA